ACGGAACGUUGAAGUGUCAAAGUCAAAAGUGUGCAUGGUGUUAUCACGCACGCUUUGAGGUUAUACUCAUCCCAAACACGCUUUAGUUUGUGACACUAUUUACUUAUACAAUGUCGUUCCGCGGUAGAGGAGGUGGCGGCGGCGGUCGUGGAGGUUACGGAGGUGGUGGCGGAGGAGGUGGUCGAGGUUUCGGUGGCCGUGGAGGCGGCGGCGGCCGAGGCGGCUUCGGAGGCCGCGGCGGUGGACGCGGUGGCCGAGGCGGCGGAGGAUAUGGUGGAGGUGGUGGAUACAGACAACAAGACCAAGGACCACCCGAGUCUGUAAUCCCCCUAGGCCACUUUGGUUGGACAGUACAAGAUGACUUGGUGUGCAAAGUUGACAUUGAAGAUGUACCAUACUUCAACGCUCCCAUCUUUCUCGAGAACAAGGAACAGAUCGGGAAGAUAGACGAAAUAUUCGGUAACCUGCGGGAUUACUUCGUAUCUGUAAAGAUGAGUGACAACUUUAAAGCAAACAGUUUCAAGUCAGGACAGCAGUUUUACAUUGACCCGGCGAAGUUAUUGCCACUGAAGAGGUUCUUGCCGCAGCCACCUGGUGCUAAGAGAGGUCGUGGUGGUGUAGGCCGUGGCGGACCUCGAGGAGGCCGUGGUGGCGGCGGUGGAUUUGGCCGAGGUGGUGGUGGUGGCAGAGGAGGUGGUUUUAACCGAGGUGGUGGAGGCGGUGGUCGCGGAGGAUUCGGCCGCGGCGGUGGCGGUGGAUUCAACAGAGGGGGAGGUGGCUUCAGAGGAGGAAGAGGAGGGCGAUAGCUACAGCCUGCUAGUGAUUAGACUAUAGUUAUGUGCAUUUAGAGUUAAGGACCUUGUGGUGAUGUCUAUUGUUAAAGUUGACCUGCAAGAAACUAUGAGAGAGUAUAAUGUUCAUAUUGUA